CCGGCGACAAUUUCUUUCAACAUGGCCAAUUUUGCUAAGAUCUUCGCCUCCCGCGCCCAGAACGUGCUCCAGACUGCCGGCAGACAGCCACAGGUGGCCGCCAGAUUCAGCCGCAGCGUUUCCUCGGGUAGUAACUGGGAGUUCAUUAAGACCGAUGUGACGGGGGAGAAGAAAAAUGUGGCCGUGAUCACACUGAAUCGUCCCAAGGCACUGAAUGCCCUCUGCAACGGCCUCAUGAAGGAAAUCUCCACCGCUCUGCAGCAGUUUUCCAAGGACAAGAGCAUCGCCGCCAUUGUGCUGACUGGCAGUGAGAAGGCUUUCGCCGCCGGCGCUGACAUCAAGGAGAUGGUGGGAAACACCUACUCGCAGUGCAUUCAAGGAAACUUCCUCAAUGACUGGGUUGAGGUGGCACGCACCCAGAAGCCCAUCAUUGCUGCUGUGAAUGGCUAUGCCCUAGGUGGCGGCUGUGAGCUAGCCAUGAUGUGUGACAUCAUCUAUGCUGGCGACAAGGCCAAGUUUGGCCAGCCUGAGAUCGCUCUAGGCACGAUUCCCGGAGCUGGCGGCACCCAACGCCUCACCCGCGUCGUGGGCAAGUCCAAGGCCAUGGAGAUGUGCCUCACUGGCAACAUGAUCAGUGCCCAGGAGGCCGAGAAGCUGGGUCUGGCCAGCAAGGUCGUUCCAGCUGAUCAGCUGCUCGCCGAGGCCAUCAAACUUGCUGAGAAAAUUGGCACCCACUCGAGCCUGAUUGUUCAGCUGUGCAAGGAGUCGGUGAACACGGCCUACGAGACCACACUCCAGGAGGGUCUGAAGUUCGAGCGUCGCACCUUCCACGCCACGUUCUCCACGGCCGAUCGUAAGGAGGGCAUGACCGCCUUUGCAGAGAAGCGCCCAGCCAACUUCACCAACGAAUAAACUCAACUGUUUCUGAAAUCGGAAAUCUUCCCAGCCAGCAUUGCAUUUAUAUCUCUUGUAUGUUAUUUGUACGCAUAUAAAAACGUUUUAAUUUGUA